AUGACCACGUCCACGCAGAUCACAGAAGGGUGGAAUUUGCUCUCAAGUUUCAAUGAGCCCUUUUCUCCGGACAACAUUACAUUCCUUCGUCAAUGCAUGCAUGAUUUUGAGCUCAACAUCCGCAGUAUCCCGAUGGAAUUCCAGAGGUUUCUCGGGCUCAAACAACAGUGCGAAGCUAUCCUUCGCGGAAUCGGUUUCGGAAAGCUCUCUUCAGAGCUGAUAUCGGAAAUAUUCAUUCAUUGUCUGACCAUGCCCGGGCCAGAACCGAAAGGAAGCUAUCCGUUCUUUCUCCGCUGUUCCUAUGCGCCUUUUGUUUUUUCGCAAGUCUGCAGACGAUGGCGAACAGUGGCGCUAUCGACACCAGCGUUAUGGACUCGUUUCAUUGUGGUGCUGCACCGCACAGGCCAGGCUGAGUUAAUCGAAUGCAUUCUGGAGCGGUCGCGUCUAUUACCGCUUCAUGUUAUUGUCAGCUCGCGUGACAACGGUAGAAGGGAUAACUACCUCCAUGCUAUGAACACCUUAAUCAGCAAUAUUUCUCGUUUGGAAUCCUUUGUACUAGAAAUCCCCGAGGGUGCCGACGAUCUUGCUUCUACACUUCCCCCUAUACCCCCAGCAGGAGCACCGAACAUGCGUUCAAUAGAGUUUUAUAACGUGAAUUCAUCUGAACCUUCGAGGACAUCCGCCUGGAUAUCCGAACUCUUGUACAGGUCUCCGAAUUUGCGAAGUCUCCAUCUACGACCGGCGGAAGAAAUCAAGCUGAAGGGCACUGUCGGGGUCCGUUUACAAAACUUCAAAGCCAGUCACGGGAUUCAGCUACAAGAUUUGUUUGCUCUUUUGGUGAAUUGUGCAGGAUUGCGAACCUGCGAAGUGCAAUUUCGUGCGCCUAUUCGUCUUGGCGUAGUACCUCCCACAAGAAUCUUGUUGAAAUAUUUGCACACCUUGAUUUUGACGGAUGCCCGGAGAGAUGAUCUUGAAGCAGUGUUCGGCUGGCUGGCUCUUCCAAGUCUCAAGAAGCUUGCGUUGAGCGGCUUUCGCAGCGCAGAGUGGCCGGAUGAGCUUUUUUCGAACUUCUUGUCAAGGUCUAGAUUUAGCUUGAAGUCCCUUUCCCUGACUGCUCUGUCUGUCACAGAGGCACAACUUCUGUCUUAUCUUCAUCUUUCGUCUAUUCAUGAUUCACUUGAAGAACUGGCUAUCCGCCAGUGGAGGCCUAGCAGCGCAUCCUUCCUCGACCACCUUUCGUUCAAGCUACCCUCUUCGGAUGCAACGCAUAAUCCACCUCCAUUCCUUCCAAAGCUUUCCAGCAUUUUUAUCACCGUUGACGCCAUUACUCAGGCAGUUGCUUUGAGGCGCUUCGUUGCUUCUAGGUGGUAUGAUACAGCGGCCUACGAGGUUCCACUCCCUGUAGCAAGUUUGAAGGAUAUUCAUGUCUGCCUUACCAUUCCCUAUGCACCCAACGUUAACGUGUCCAUUGAUGAUAUCAAACUUGUUUUCAGUCGAAUUGCGAGAUCUCGAGGAACUUCACUGAGAUUGGAGACCAUCACUAUGGCCCCUCCGAGCUCGAACCAGUACGCCGGCAUCGAAAGAUUGACAAGUCAUCUAGUUAUAUGA